AAGAUUUGAUUGGUUCUGCUCGAGUCACACAGCCAUCCUUUGCACCCAUGACUGGCUGGUGUAUAGAGUAUUGUGGCCACCCUGGCCGUGUGCCACCACUGUGGCAAAAGCAUCUUGAUUAGCAAGCCCACUGGGAUUACAUGGGACGGGAGAGGGAUGGUGUCCCAAAGGAAGGGUUGCUUAGCAAACAGAUGACAUAUGUCUGGUACACAUAACUAGCAUUUCAAAUCAGCAGAGGUUUAGUGUUUAUUCCUUUAGUUUACAGGGAAUGGGAAGGCAACUAUUAUAAAAUUGUGCCAGAUCCAUUUGAGAAUUUUGAGCUCCACAUUGAAAAAACCUGUUUGAAAUGAGAAGAUGUCAUGUAUUGCCCAUCAGGUGGAAUAUACAUUAUAUAGUCAGUCAAAUAGUGGCAGCGUAAUUGAUGAUUGCUGAGGUUGAUUUCAAUGUGGGUAAUGUAAGUGAGGUUGAUUGAAACGUGGGGAUAAAGGAACAAAAUGACAAUGAUUGACUUUUGUUCUUUUGGUAGGGUUGGAUGACUGCCUGCAGCAGUAUGUCCACAAGUUUGAACGGGAGAAGAUAAACGGAGAGCAGCUGCUGCAGAUUUCCCAUCAGGAUCUUGAGGAGCUUGGGGUCACACGGAUCGGACACCAGGAGCUUGUGUUGGAGGCUGUUGACCUUCUCUGUGCACUGAAUUAUGGCCUUGAAACCGAUAAUAUGAAGAACUUGAUUCUGAAACUGCGAGCGUCUUCCCACAAUUUACAUAAUUACAUAAGUAGCCGGCGGAAAAGUCCAGCUUAUGAUGGGAACUCCUCCCGCAAGCCCCCCAACGAGUUCCUGACCUCUGUGGUGGAGCUGAUCGGUGCUGCGAAGGCCUUGUUAGCUUGGCUGGACCGGGCUCCGUUUACAGGGAUCACUGAUUUCUCAGUAACGAAGAACAAGAUCAUUCAGCUUUGCUUGGACCUGACCACUACAGUCCAGAAGGAUUGCCUUGUAGCAGACAUGGAGGAUAAAGUUUUAACUGUAGUCAAGGUUUUAAAUGGCAUAUGUGACAAAACAAUCCGAUCUACUACGGAUCCUGUUAUGAGCCAGUGUGCGUGCCUGGAGGAAGUUCACUUACCAAACGUUAGACCUGGGGAGGGCUUGGGCAUGUAUAUCAAAUCCACUUAUGACGGAUUGCACGUGAUUACUGGAACCACAGAAAAUUCUCCUGCAGACAGAUCUCAGAAGAUUCACGCUGGUGAUGAAGUCAUUCAAGUUAACCAGCAAACUGUGGUGGGAUGGCAGCUAAAAAAUCUGGUGAGAAAAUUGAGAGAGAAUCCCACGGGAGUUGUGCUACUGCUUAAGAAACGUCCCACGGGUUCUUUCAACUUUACCCCUGCUCCCCUGAAAAACCUACGGUGGAAGCCCCCUCUUGUGCAGACCUCACCUCCACCCACGACCACCCAGUCCCCAGAAAGCACCAUGGAUACCUCGCUGAAGAAGGAGAAGCCAGCCAUCCUGGAUCUUUACAUUCCUCCUCCGCCAGCUGUUCCCUACUCUCCCCGGGACCAGAAUGGGAGUUUUGUAUAUGGAGGAUUCAGUAAGUGUAAACAAGCACUGCCUGGUCCGAAGGGUUCCGAGUCCCCGAAUUCCUUCUUGGACCAGGAAAGCCGUAGACGCAGGUUCACCAUUGCUGAUUCGGACCAGUUGCCGGGGUAUUCGGUGGAAACCAACAUCCUACCCACAAAAAUGAGAGAGAAAACAUCAUCUUAUGGCAAGCCCCGGCCCUUGUCCAUGCCUGCGGAUGGGAACUGGAUGGGAAUUGUGGACCCUUUUGCCAGACCUCGAGGUCAUGGGAGGAAAGGGGAAGAUGCCCUUUGCCGGUAUUUCAGUAAUGAGCGGAUUCCUCCCAUCGUCGAAGAGAGCUCGGCUCCCCCGUACCGGUUCUCCAGACCCACGACAGAGCGGCAUCUGGUGCGAGGUGCAGACUACAUCCGAGGGAGCAGGUGCUACGUCAAUUCAGAUCUCCACAGCAGUGCCACAAUCCCAUUCCAGGACGAAGGGACCAAAAAGAAAUCUGUCUCCUCAGCCGCCAAGUCCUCAUCCACGGAGCCGUCCCUGCUGGUCAGCUGGUUGACCCGCCUGAAACUGUUGACUCACUGAUGCUGCUGGCCGGACUCCCGCCUGGCUGCUACGACAAGUGCCUUGUGUCCCCAGUGGACAGCCUCUUCUGAUUUCAUCCACAGUAUUAUGUAGUGACCUUAUGUGAUUUUAUUGUUUUGUUUCGGAAAGUGGUUACACUGCCCUUCUCAGAAUUUUGAAGUAAUGGGAACAAAUCCAGAGGGCCUCAGGUGCUGGCUUUGGAGGCGGAAGGAGGGAAAUGGGUCGAGUCUGCUUUUCCUGCUUCCCCAGAGUUGGGACAUGGGGACAAGCUCUAGAAAUUGUUGUCUUGGCCAGAAAUGCUCUGGUCAUUGUGAGGAACUGGCAGCAUUCCUGUGUUUUGGGGGGUGGGGGAGAGAGGGGACUAAAAUUGGUGGCGAUUGUCACACAGAUUUGUUGGUUUGUGGUCCAACUACUUUACCAGAAAAAGCCAGUGGAGAAAACACUUUUGUUUGAAUUUUAAAGCUAUAUGCGAUAUUUGUAAGUGUAGCAGCCUUGAAAUAACAUGUGGCGAGUGUCUAAUGCUCUUUCAAAGCAGAGGUGUAAGUGUGGGUCUGUUACACUUGGUGAACCCCCAUUUUUCUAACAGUCUCGGUGUAUAGGUCAAUUGAUACAGAAACACAUGGACACAUUUUGAUAGGGCUUACUAUAUAUAAAGAAGUUUAUGGUUAUUUGUGAGGGGUGUCAUUGCUGUUGUUAUAUAUUAUUGUCUUUAAGGGAAAAGAAGCUAUAAGAUUUGCUGACAGCCAAAGUAUCAUUCCAAAAAGUAAAGCAACAAGAUUUAUUUAGGUUUAUGAGAGAGAUGUCAGUUUGCAUUUUGACCUGUUCAAUGUCUGUUUUUCCAGAAAAGAACAUGCAGUUCUUCAAAAUUGUACACCUUUUGCUAAUCAGAUAUAUCUUGAAAAACCUCAUGGUCACUAAUUUUCAACUAGCAUCAGGUAUUUUGAAAAAGUGUGUCUGGAUAUUAACUCUUGUUUAAACUGAAUGUAUGAUAUUUUGUUAGAAUGGAAAAGUACUAUCUUGUUAAUUUAAGUGUUUUAAAUAUAGUUGUAUAUUUUUCUUACUCUUAGUCACAUGUAAUUAAAAUAUUUCUGUUUGCAUCAUACAUGAAGCUAAUGAUAAAGAGUGUUCAGGGUGUUUUCAAAUUAACAGGUGGCCCCCAUGGCCUUUGCCACCAUGGGUGCUAUUGUUAAAAAAAAACAAAAAAAAAACACUCCCAAACAUUUUGGGAUUUUAUGGAUUAGAAAUGGAGGAGCUGAAGAAGUGUGUGUAAAGCAAAACUACGCUGGGAAUUUUCUGAGGUAUAUUCCUGAGCAGAGCUGGUAUCCCCUACCUCAAAAUAUACUCUCUUACACCGCUGGAAUCGUGUGCUUUGCUGAACUGCCUGGAAUUCAGCUAAUGAGAGAUUCACUGGAGUUAGGAAACAUCUUCCCUUUAAUGUGCCUCUGGUGGUGUUAAAGGAACUAGCAACCACUCACAUAUUAAUGUGAUUGAAUUCAGUCAGGCUGUUUUCCUACCAACCUCUAAGGGAACUAUAGUAAAAAUAUGAGUAUUUCAUGGGAGAUCCAAGGGCAUUGGACAAACUGAAGGACAGAGGCAGCUUGGGUACUUGACAUGAUAUUGUGAAGGGUGUGAGGUGGGGAGGUCUGUGUAGGGCACUGGUGACCAAGAAGGAGCUGUGUAAAGAGAGAAGAGCCAGCCCUUGCCUGCUUUACUGUUAGCGUGAGCUGGCUUUGUGCCCAGGAAAUGGGGUGGUGACACUUCUCACUUUUGGACUGAGGGGAGGAAUCUUACUGCUGUAGUUUUGCUGCAUAAUGAAGUAGAUCGCUUUGGAAGGCUUAGCUGGCCGUUUAGCUCUUUUCUGUGGAGAAAAUGCCAUUUGGGGGUUGAAUAACCUCCCUCCAGAUGAAUUUUCAGAAGUCAGUCAUAACUGUAAUAGGCAGCGUCCAACCAGGCUCUGUUGCCUGAAGUCCCAGGGGUGGCCAGAGAAGUUUCUGGGGUCCUUUAUCUUCAGUCAGCCUCUGCCAGCUUCAUUUUUAAUUUUUAUUUUUAUUUGGAGCUUUCUCCUGAAUCAUGUUUGAAAAAUAUGUUCCUGCUAUAAAAAGUUUGUAAACCUCUGCUAUUAAAAUGUAUAAAUAAUA